UCACAUCUAUGCCAAGGCCGUCUUCCUAAUUUUCAAUAAUCGUCAUGUCGGUCCUGGCCACCUUCAUCCUCAGUUUCUUCGCUGUGGGCCCGCAGGACAUCGCGCUUCCCUACGCUCCUGGUGCCAACGCUACCACCGGCCUGGGCACUGCCAACUUCACUGAUCAUUGCCUGGCAACCCUGAGGGACAACCUGUGGGGGGGGGAGUAUAGGAUGUUUUGUUGGGGUGUUGCUGCAUGCCAGGGGUUGGGCUAUGUAGAGGUCUGGUGGACAUCUUUUGAGCAUAUCCAAAAGUACCUAAACACCAUUUUCACUAGGGCUGCAUCCCAAACCACUCUUUUGCCCCUUUUGCCUCCUCCAUAUGCACAAGUUAACCAUCACUAGCUGGCUUCCACCCGGUUAUGCAACCCUGCACCUUAGAGGCUGCUGCCCUAUAGACUUGGGAGUCACUGGCCACUUUAAUAAUUGAACACGAGUCACUUUAAUACUGUUUAAAUAAUGUUUACAUACUGCUUUACUCAACUGCUUUAUAGUGUAUACUCUAUUCUAUUCUACUGUAUUUUAGUCAAUGCCACUCUGACAUUGCUCAUUCUAACAUUUAUAUAUUUCUUAAUUCCAUUGUUUUACUUUGAGAUGUGUGUGUAUUGUUGUGAAUUGUUAGAUACUGCUGCCCUGUUGGAGCAAUUUUGCUGCACCCGCAAUAACAUCUGCUGAAUAUGUCUGACUACACAGGAGACUACACCACAGGCACCAUGAUGACAUUUACACCGUGUUUGCUGUCAUGUUCAACAGGCAUCAUGGUUCUAGUUCCAACGUGUCAGAUGAGACUAAGGGCAGACAUCGGCAGAAGUUCAGCGUACAUGAUGGGACCUGAAGAGCCCAAGCUACUCUAUCCUCAAGGGAACCCUGGCAGCAGUCAUCUUAACCUUCAUCUCCUACAGUAUUCCUGCUCAGCCUGCUGGUGGCCUACUCCUGUGACCGUCAUCUUCUCCAGAGGGACUACAGUUUCCUGGGGGACAUCGACGUGAGGGGCCCCCUGGUGACAGUGGGGGUGUACUCCUCUACCCUGUCUGCUGCCGUGGGGUCCUGGCUCUGGCAAGAAAGACAGUCACAAAUUUGGAACCCCUUGGCAUCCGUGCUCAUCUCAUGGGUCCUAGUGCAGGUGGCGUUUUCAGGGAAGCUGAACACCAUCGCCAACACAGUGACCCUUUUCUUCCUUGUCUAUGCUGCUGUGGAUCUGGCCUGCCUGGCUCUGGAAUGGGCCUCUGCACCCAACAGAACUCUCGGCCUCUAAUCCACCCAUUCUCUCCAGCGUCUUGCAGAUGAUGGUGUGAUUGGGUUUGGCUUCUUCCAUUCUCUACCCAGCACAUCUCUGGUGUCAAACCCUCAACACACCACACCUCCCUAAUGUCAGAGGAUUCAGACCUGGGGUGCAGCUCCAUGCCCAGGGGGGCCUCCUCGUGCAGCUCCAUGCCCAGGGGGGCCCCCUCGUGCAGCUCCAUGGCCCAGCUCCAUCGUAUGAGCAGCUACGGCCAGGGUGGUCCAGACCUGGGUCUUGCCUCAGAGGGCAGUGACAGCAUCCGGCGUAAGAACGUCUGCUCACGUUCCCGCCACGACGACGUGGAGAUGAAGAGCAGUGGAUCCAGCGGGAGCGAGACCGAGUCACACGGCAACGAGAGCCACGGAAGCCAUGGAAACGAGAGCCAUGGUAACGAGUCGACAGGUAGCUCCAACGGCAACAGCAAGGACUCCGCUCUCCUGGAGUCGUCUGGGGGUAGCAAGAGCCCAUCUCCUCCCAGUAGUUCCAAUGCAUUCAGCCUGCUGGAUUCUGAGCAGGACAACCCCUCCACCAGCGGCUGCAGUAGUGAGGAGUCCGCUAAGACCAAGACCCAGAAGGAGCUGCUCAGGACCGCCAAGCAGCUCAGACAUCUCCUGCCUGCUGACAAGAGGAACAAAGGCAACAAGUCCAGCUCCCUAAACACCCUGAAAUACGCACUGCGCUGCGUCAAACAGGUGGAAGCCAAUGAGGAGUACUACCAACUGCUGAUGACCAAUGACAGUCAGCCAUCAGGCUUGGAAGUGUCCUCUUACACCAUCGAGGAGAUAGACAGCAUCACCUCAGAGUACACCCUCAAAAACAAUGACAUCUUUGCUGUAGCUGUAUCUCUGAUCACGGGAAAUAUUGUCUACAUCUCAGACCAGGCCGCCUCCAUCCUCAACUGUAAACGGGGCAUCUUCAAGGAUGCCAAGUUUGUGGAGUUCUUGACUCCCCAGGACGUUAGUGUUUUCUACAGCUUCACCACGCGCUACCGCCUGCCCUCCUGGAGCAUGUGCACCGGAGCAGAGUCAUCCCGGUCGGACUGCAUGCAGGAAAAAUCGUUCUUCUGUCGGAUCAGUGGGGGUAAGGAGUGUGAGGGGGACCUGCAGUACUACCCAUUCUGUAUGACCCCCUACCUGAUGAAGGUGCAGGAUAAGGUCCAUUCUGAGGACCAGUUCUGCUGCCUCCUAGUGGCUGAGAAGGUGCACUCCGGAUACGAGGCUCCCAGAAUCCCUAGUGACAAGCGCAUCUUCACCACCACACACACUCCUAGCUGUGUGUUCCAGGAUGUGGAUGAGAGAGCUGUUCCACUUCUUGGGUACUUCCCCCAGGAUCUGAUUGGCACCCCAGUCCUUCUUCUCAUGCAUCCCGAUGACAGGCCUGUCAUGUUGGCCAUUCACAAGAAGAUCCUUCAGUACGCUGGCCAGCCGUUCGACCACUCCCCCAUCAGGUUCUGCACGCGGAACGGAGAGUACGUCAUCGUCGACACCAGCUGGUCCAGCUUCGUCAACCCCUGGAGCCGCAAGGUCUCCUUCGUUAUCGGGAGGCACAAAGUCCGCAUAGGCCCGGUGAAUGAGGAUGUGUUUGUGUCCCCGCUCCCUGCCCUCAUGGAGACUAUGGACUCUGAAGUCCAGGAGAUCACUGAGCAGAUCCACAGAUUGCUACUACAGCCGGUGCACAACACUAGCUCCAGUGGCUACGGUAGUGUGGAAAGCAACGACCACCUUGCAGCAUCUCAGGUGAUGACCAGCGAGGGCAGCCCAAGCAGGACACACAUCGAGGAGGAGGGGGAGAGCAGCUGGGCCAAACCUCAGAGGUCAUUCCAGGAGAUCUGUAAAGGUAUCCACCUCCAGAAGAGUCAGGAACAGCAGAUCUACCAAGCCUCCUCCUCAGCCAUGCCUGAGACCAAGAAGAGCCCUGGCACAGAGUUCCUCCAGAAGAGUCCAGCAGGGGUGCGUUCCAAGGAAUCCGCAGCCCCUGUGGCCCCUCUGAAUUGGAGGGACAGUGGGGUCAGUGCUGGGGUCAGUGGGCUGAGCCUGGAGGACAGCAGCAGCAGGACUGCAGUACAGGAGGAGCAGCUGGCCUUCAACGACCAGACGGUCUACUCCUACCAACAGAUCAGCUGUCUGGACAGUGUCAUCAGAUAUCUAGAUGGCUGUAAUGUUCCCAUCACUAUGAAGAGGAGGUGCCACUCUUCUGACAACACUAUGUCCUCAGAUGAGGACAAGCAGAAAGGAGGGGACAAUCCCAUGCAAUUAUCUGAAGAGAUCAUCGUAGAUGUAUCUGUGGCUCGGGUUGAGGUGGAGUGGGGCAGCCAGACUCCUGGGCCUCCCCCCAAUGCUGUUUCACCUCCCAGCCUGGAGAGGGAGCCCUAUAAGAAGCUCGGUCUGACCAAACAGGUCCUAGUAGCCCACACCGUGAAGGAGGAGCAGACCUUCCUGUGUCGCUUCAGGGAACAGAGGGGAGUCCAGGCCUUCCAGGCCAACUGUUCCCAAUACCUGGAGCGCCAGAAGGGACAGGGCGCCGCUGAUGCUCUGCCCGCUGUGCGUCCAUGCACGCAGGACGAGCCCGCUGCCCGUCGAAGUGGGCGCAACAAGAAGACCAAGUCUAAGAGGGUGAAACAGAACGAGUCGUCCGACAGUUCCGUGUCUCAUAGGAGAAGACAGCCGCAGCCCCGACCCCACCUUCUCAACCAGGGCCUCAACCAGACCUCCUGGUCCCCCUCCAACACUUCCCAGUCCACUUUGCUGCCCCUGGCUUACCCCACCGUGGUGCCAGUCUACCCCCUCCAGGUCUACCCUGGGGCGGGCACCAUGGCUGGCACCAUGCCUACCCGCCCAGAGAAUUCAUUGGCAGGCUUUGGUGACUGCCAGGGCAACCAGGAUCCCCAAUGCCAGCCACCAAACAUCCAGCCCUCGCCCUUCUCUACUCCCAUGGUGACCCCCGUGGUGGCUCUGGUUUUCCCCAGCUGCAUGUUCCCUCAAAUGGGAAGCGGGGCUCCAGGACAGCAGCCUUUCUACCAGGCCGAGAAAGCCGGCUACCCCUCUCAGUCACAGCCCUUCCACCCACAGACAUCCCUCACCUUACCUGCUCAUGUUCCUUUCCCGGCUCAGCCACAGGCCUUUCCCCUACUGACGGCCUUCCCGAUCCCCGCCCAGCCUUUCCCACUCUCCAUGCCCAUGGAGGCUCCCAAGCCACCUGGGGAAACCACCCAGUCUCGCUGCUCCCCGCAUGGGACCAUGGGCGGCAGGGACCAAGCGUCCUCCCCUCCAGUGGUCCAAUCAUGGUGCAGCUCGCCCCUGCAGCUGGAGGAGAUGUGGUGCUCCCUGGAGAGACAGGACCGCAUGGUGGUGGUGCCCUCCGUUGGCACACCAGGGAAUAACACCGUCAACAUGAAUGGAGGGAGCAUGGUCUGCCAAGCCAUGGAGAAGGUCAAGGAGCUUCAGCAGGUGGGCUCGCCGGGCAACGGUAACCAUAGCGAUGUCAAUUCAUCAUCGAGUGACCUGCUGGACAUCCUGCUCCAUUCAGACUCUCGUUCAGGCACCAGCUCAGGCACUUCAGGGUCCAUGGGUUUCAGCUCUAAUGCCUGCGGAACCUCAGCUAGAACGUCUAACAGCAGAAUGUCUAAUAACAGCAGAACGUUGGGAUGUGGAACGUCAGCUAGCGGAGUAUCUGGCAGUGGCACAGUAAGCAGCAGACACACAAGCAACAACAACAGCAGCAACUACUUUGGCACCAUGGACUCCUCCCAGAACAGCUGCCAGCAGGUCAAAGUGCACUCCAGCGGCGGGAGUGGUGGUAGCGCUAGUGAGGGGCGGCCAAUGGAGGUAGAGGAAAGCCAAUAUGACAAGUAUGUACUGCAGGAUCCGCCGUGGUUAGUCACCGCCAACGCUGACGACAAGGUCAUGCUGACCUAUCAGAUGCCCUCCCGGGGCAUCGACUGUGUGCUUAGGGAAGACCGAGAGAAGCUACGUGUGAUGCAGAAGAGCCAGCCGUGCUUCACCGGGGAGCAGCAGAUAGAACUGGGGGAGGUCCACCCCUGGAUGAGGAGAAGAGGACUGCCCAAGGUCAUGGAUGCCAAGUGUGGGCUGUGAGGAGGACACUCCAGAGGUGUUGUUGUCUGAGGAGCAGCCUGGCCUGGAUAUGGGAGACACAGAGACUGAGGAGGUCAGCCCCUACAGGAAGCCCGGCGAGGAGCCCUUUAACAUGGACACCUGUCCCUCUUCUGGCCUUGGAUCAUAACAGCCACAUCCACCCCCUGAAUCUGCCCCUGUUAAUUGUAGCAGCAUCACCUCCGCAAAAGGCUCAUUCUCAAGCGACAUAAAUUAUUCACCAAGUCCCACCCUCAGCUGUCCCUGACAAGACCAUUUUUUAAAAUUUUUUACCAGGCAAGUCAGUUAAGAACAAGUUAUUAUUUACAAUGACAGCCUACCGGGUGAACAGUGGGUUAACUGCCUUGUUCAGGGGCAGAACGACAAGAUUUUUACCUUGUCAGCUUGAGGGUUCGAUCCAGCAACCUUUCGGUUACUGGCCCAACGCUCUAACCACUAGGCUACCUGCCGCCCCAUAUUAGACUGCCUAGUACCGCUUGCACCCUGCGGGUACAAACCUUUUCUACAACAAACUAAACUGUAUUGAAAUUCUUCUACAGCCUGAGAGACCAGGGAACAUACAGACUGUUACAUCCCACCUGGUCAAUUCAUUGUGUGUGUGUGUGUGUGUGUGUGUGUAAAAGGAAGAGUGAGUUACAGUGUGUCCACAACACAGUUCAUGUUCUAUCAAUUGUUUUUUCAUUUAUUGAAAUUAAUGUUUUUUUUUCACUUAUUGAAAUGUAUGUUUUCAUUGAAAACGUUUUGACCGUAGUAGUCUUGUAUUUGUGUUAAUUUAGAGCCCUGGGGCUAGCAUCAACAUUUUAACACUGAUGCUCCCAAUUUCAAAAAGUUAGGAGCACCACAUGAAAUGUAGGAGCACCAGAAUAUAUCAUGUUUUAUUGUAAUACAGCCUAUAUUGGGCCUAUAUGAAUUCAAGGUACUUUUGAGGGACAUGAUUUUCCCUAGAAAAUAAUGUAAUAUGUAUAUAAGAUAAUAAUGUAUUGUAAAAGCUAAAAAUAUUUAACCAGGUAGGCCAGUUGAGAACAAGUUCUCAUUUAUCAACUGCAACCUGGCAAAAUGUUGAAAGGAAUAAUUGUCAUCGAAAUUACAACGUAAUGUGUGGAAUAUCAGGUUUCUACAUUGUGUAAAAGCACUAUUGAGAUGCAUUACAUUGAAACUUUUAUAAUGUCUCUUCAAAAAUGGUAGAAGAUCUGACAUUCAUUAUUUUCUACUGUCACUGAUCUCCUGAAGCAGCUAUCCCUUUUCCUUUCUUUCUAUGCCCCCAAAUGUUUGGAUAUACUGGUAACGUUCCCAUGUUGUUAGCUAGCUAACCAAUGAGGUAACAUGACUGAAGUGUAAACAAAUGGAUAACGACAUGGUUUAUGAAUGUAAAAUGCGGUCCCAGCGACCCGCUAUGGGAAGAUAAAAAUGCUGCGCAGGUAAUCUGGUUCAGAUCUUUUGACGUAGGCCCGGUUUUCCAAAAGAAUCUUAAGACUUAAGUUCAUUGUUAGCACCAUGGCGCUUAAUGGUUCUAAUGAUGAAUUUAACGUUAAGAUGCUUUUGGGGAAACCCGAGGCACUUGAUUGAAAUGGAAGCUUUCGCUGUGGUAAUGGUGCAACCAUGACUCUAAGGGCACUCGGGAAAAUACGUCAGAGCGAAGCAUUAUUACAUCAAUUUCUUUUCUUUCUUUUUUUUCCUAGGCCCACAGUGCUCCCAAAAUAAAACUCAGGGUCACACAGCAAAAUAUUUAGUUGCAUAUCCAAUAUAUAACAUGAUGAUGUUGAUAACUGUUUGUUGUUGAAAACACUUACAGGAUUUCUAUUCUAUUAUGUUGGCUGACUAAAAGGUGUGGCAGAAGAGGCUUGUAGAGAAGUUGCUUUCUGUUUCACCAGUUUCUUUCUAGCCUGUGGUUGAAUGUUCUCAUAGAGCCCUUUCCAGUACACGACACACUGAUAUCACGCACAGAUGUGCGUGACUCUUGACUGCAGUAAGAAAGCCAUCACCAUCUGUGCCCAUUCAACAUAGCCAUGGUUGACCUUUUUAGUACUUAUAACUUUAUUGGGUUCUCAUACACUUACAAUUUAUGUUUUAAUUCUAAAUGAACAGUCGCUAAAAUUUAUAUUUGGUUGUGAUCUUUGCAAAAUAAACAUUUUUGAUGCAGCAGUUGUUAGCUAGAAUGCUAACGCUCAUUGACAGGCUGUAGCAAAAGCUAAGCAAGGAGCCAUUUUACUGGUGGUGUUUUAAACAUUUUUUAUAUUUUUUUUUACAUUUAAUGCAGUUGAUUUGCGAUGAGGACGCAAACAUAAUAUUAAACAGGACAUUCAUACGAGCCUUAAAAUCCAAACGUAGUGUGAAAUGCACUCAUAAGCAACAUGUACAUAGUAUUUUUUUGCUGGCAUUCUAUAAGACGUCCCCCGUGUUCUGUCAUAAACUUACGCGCAUCGCUCUCAUGCGGCAAUGUUUGCGCGUUUGAGGAAAGAGUGUCCUAGGAUCAGCUUUCCCAAACACAACACUAAUCAUUUCCCCAGUCGGUAUGGAUACCGAGGAUAUAGGUUACCCUAUUAGACAGAGGGAAAACUUGACAUUUUUCAAACGCAAUUUUCUUGUCUACUUGUUUUAGUCAAUUACACAACUACAUUUAAGGAAAGUACAACAUGUCUAUUACUUUUCAACAUUGCCUGCUCCCGAGCAGUCUCACUACUUAGAAAGACGUAAAAUUGUAAGGGCUUCCCUCAAGCCUCUUUUCAUGACGAUGCUAGCAGUCACAUGAGUGAGUGUUACAGCUAGCUCGCCAAGACCAACAACCCAAACAAACAGACUAUACAGCUACAAGUAGUGAGUGGAGUUAAGCAGACUACACUAAACAGGCUAAAUGGCUUACCUGUGAUGAAAUGUUUGCCACACACAUAGCUACGUGUACCUACUUGCAGGGGUGCAACUUUCACUGGGGACGGGGGGCAUGACCCCACUUUCUGAAAUUGCAUUUUUGUCCCCUGCCCAGUUUUAUCAUUGUACUGUGAUACAAAAAGCAGCAUGGGUGUGCUUUAAGACCAUGCACACACCUCAGAACGGUCGGGCAGGCUGUUUGGCAGUUUAAUUUAGGACCACACGACACCAUAGAGCGUGUAGAAACAGCUGUUGUCUGUGUGUGUUGUGUAUACUCUUUAUUUGGCUGAUGUAGCUGGAAAGGCAACUGCUGUUACAUUUUUUUUUAGAGUUAGUAGUGUAACUGACAUGCAGCCUUAGCUAAUGCAUUAACGUUACAUGUUUCAUCCCCUCUCGACUGAAAUUGUGUCUGAAGGGAUUGAACUACCUAGCUAGCUAAUAGCUACCACAGCCAGUUCAGCUCUAGCCUCUAUCUAUUGUAUCUGUCAGGUAGCAGUAUCUAACAGCUGUUGUGUGUUUGGAAAUGUUUUGAACUCUUUGUUUUGUCCUGUUUCAACAUAAAUAAAUUGAGCUAGCCAAAAGUUGGCUAACGUUCGCUAGCUAACGAGCUCACUAACUUUAGCUAUUAUUUUUGCCUCAAUCACACUAGACCUGAAUCAAACGAUGAAACCAGCAGCCAAACAAUUGAAGACCGAUAUUCUGAUGUUUUUUGAAAGUGUAAUGUGAACUUUUGUUAGUCAGUAGAGCAAUGUUACGUUAUUUAUUUAUGUCAGUUUCCUUAGCUAAUUCCCUACUUUUCUAUCUGGCCUGGUAUAAACAGCUCUAAUGUUACAGGCUUCACGGUCAUGGUGCACAGUGAGUACACAACACUAUGCUCAUCAUGUCUUAGCAGGAUCAGAUGGUGACAGGUGUCCCUGCAGGGUCAGACAGCCAGGGAAGGCCAGUCUACGGAGCUCAGGUGAUUUUUUUGUUGUUGCAGUAUAUUAUAACAACCAGUGAAUGGAUACAACAUUCUAUCUUGAGGUGAUGGGUAGGCUACAGUCUGGGACCUGGGAAUAAUGGUAAUUUCAAUGAUUGAACCAUUGAUACUAUUCUUGGACAAUAUAAUGUAUCAAGGUAUACCAAGGUCAUUCUUUGUCAUGCCUCAUCUGAGCAGGAUCAGGUGGUGACAGGGGUCUCAGCAGGGUCAGGCAACCAGAGAAGGCCAGUCUGUGACGACCCUCAGGUGAACUUUUGCAGAUGCUACACUUUAAAGGUGCAGCACAGUCAUUCUGAUGUCUGCAUUGGCCGUGCAGCAUUUACGGUGACAGUUUACGGUGACACGGCCUCUGCAGAAGUCCAGGCGUUCAUACUUAUUGCGCUUCGCAGAGCAGCGCAGAGCUGUUGUGAAGGAAGUUGUCAAGGAAGUGAGUUUGUGUUUAUACAGGACCUCCCGCCCUCACCUACCGUCAACAAUCGUGUCAAUGCAGAACUAUACGGAGCCAUCUGCAUUGUUACAACAUUUGAGAGGUGAACGGUGAUGCAGUGCAGAGCGCAAUUUGGCCUCUGCGUGCCUUCGGAUGCUUCGCAAUUGUGUCACACCAUCCAUACGGAGCCUCCGAACACAUUUUCGGACCAAGCAUAAUAUUUUGGCUCUUAUUCUCUCUUUGCAGCAAACUGGACAAUCCAGAAGCUUGAAACUAUUUUAAGGGAGUCUGACAAACCUCUAAAAUUGAUAGAGGUUUUCCCAAUGACACUAAACAUGUCAAACAAAAAUGUGAGGAAGACCUGAGAGACACUAUUGAUGAUGAUGAUGAAUUGAUACAGAUAUGUUUGAAUGCCCCAGUCUAAAAUGUCUUACUCGUCAUUAUUCACUCAUCAUUCAGGAUGAUCCGUAAUCAUUGUAGAAUCCACAUUAAUGUAGAAGUGUUUAGAAACAUAUUCUAUUCUUAUUUACAAUAAAAGUGACCCCUGAAGGGUCAUAUUGGAUUGUGUAGAAAUGCAGGAAAUGAGCUUUAGAUGAGCCCCCCUCCCCUCCACAUACACACACCUAUUUCUAAAACCAAAGUUGUGCCCCUGCCCACAUGGACCCCAGGUCCCCACAUUUCCCCGACUCCCACACCGAAUAGCCUGAAGCCACAGGGCUCUUCUCAUAGGAUUUAGUUCCUUACCUGGGAGCAUGUACACAUGUACACUGAACAACACAGCAUCUUUUCAGCAUUUUUGUUAUAUAACAAAAAAUCGACAACGAAGUUGUCUCUUUUACAAUGAGGGUCGAUAUGAAAGUAUGUUGAUUUUCGUCAGUUUGUUGCGGUGGUCAAGGGGAAUUUCUUAUUAUUACCUGAAUACCGACUGGGACUGUAGCGUUAUCAGGCUUGCUGGCCUUGGAGCUGUAUAGCAAUCAAAGCACUUUUAUUUAUUUUUAUUUCACCUUUAUUCAACCAGGUAGGCCAGUUGAGAACAAGUUCUCAUUUACAGCUGCGUAGUUUAUUACACGGGCAUAAAGCAAUUGGAACAGAUGUCGAAGGCAUUUGUCAAGACUCCUGUCUAUUCUUCAAAUAUAAAGCAUAACAUUUAAAAAAUGUUUUUUUUCUAUUCUGUCUUGACAAUGUUUCAAAAUAAUAAUGAAAAAUUUCAAUAUAUUUACACUUUUCUAUGCUACUCUUUCUGAAAAAAAAAGGAUAUGCUGUGUUGAUAAUGUUUCUAAAUUAAAGAUUU